AAGCUACCGAGUUACCGGAUGAGGGUCUCACUUAUAAGACUGGUCAGUAGAAACUAAGUGGGUUUAGGCUGUUGACUACAGUACGAGGUUGAGCACGCCUAUCUUACGUUUAUCUACACAUAUAUCGUGAUUAAAACCGCUUCUUUUUCGGUUCCUUCAAUUUGACGAUCAUUUCUUCUCUCUCCCCUCUAACUAAACCUCCCUCUCCAUACUCAUCCACACAACCAAACCCUCACAAUGCGUUUCACCCAAUUCCUCCUCCCCCUCGCCAUGGUCCCUCUGGCCCUGGCCGCUCCCGAACCCAGACCAGCCCCCAACCCCGUCGCCGCCCCCGCCCCCGAGGGCACCGGCCUGCUAUCAGAGCUGCCGACGAUUCUCGCCGGCGCCCAGUCCCUGCUCAGCCAGGAUACCAUCACCAAGCUGGAGACCAUCAUUGAUGGAGCGGCCAAGCUGCUUUCCUCGGAUAAUAUCGUUGUCCUGCAGGAUAUCCUGGGUAAUGCGCAUACCUUGUUGACGAAGGAGUUCGUGGGGAAUACGACUACUUUAAUUGGGGAUGCUACGCCGCUGGUGGAGGAUAUUUCCAAGUUGCUGGGUGGUGUGCUGGGCUCACUAUAAGAAGAUGUUGGCAAUGCCAAUGCCAAGCAAUGGAAAAGGAAACGAGGCCAUGAUUAUUCAUUUACACCAUUCUUGUUCUUGUUUUGUUACAUGUUUAUAACUUUCAGAAAGAAUAUGAUUUGACGAUAGCAUACGAAAUCGAACGAGAC